GAGGGCAGCGCCCGGGCUCGGCGGAGCCGGCAGGGGGCAGCGCGGGGCGGCGGGUCCGUCCCGUCCAGCAGGGGGCAGCGCGGGGCCGGCGGCAGCGGGGCUGCCUGGGGGCGCUGCCGGCUCUCGCCUCCCCUCCGUGCCGGUCCUGCAGAGGAGACCUGAUGUAGACAGCUGAGGAGCUACUCCGGGCUGUGGCUGUCCCCCUGCUUUGCCAUGCUGCCUUUUGGAGAUCAGACGAGGUAUUUGCUCACCGAUGUCACACUUCAGCAGUGGGACUCGCAAGUUGCAGUGGAGUAAAUUCGGCUAUUUUUAGCAGCGGAGUCAGGUUUCCCGUUGGAGUAUUUUCCGAUAAACAAAGCCGCGGGGAUGCAGAACGCCGUGCGAGCGGCAGCUCCCGCCGUAUAUCUGAGCGGAGAGCCCGGGUCAGUAAGUGCUGCGGGUUGCUCCUCGGACACGCCGUCUUCUGUUCCUGAGCCGCUUGCACCAUCUGCUCUCCGCUGCCGAUUCCCUGCUUUCCCGAGCCCCUCAGCAGGGAUGGAUGCCUUCUGAAUGAGGCUUUGCUGCUGCUCCUCUCUGCAUGGGAUGGGGCGAGAAAUGGUUAAUGCAUGGUUUGCUGAGAGAGUUCAUACCAUCCCAGUCUGCAAAGAGGGAACCAAGACCCAGAGUGAAUCCUGUGCUUGUCAUCAGCCUACCUGUGGUGAGACCACCAACUCUGGGACACCAGCAAGGAAAAUCUCUGCCUCUGAAUUUGACAGACCCUUAAGGCCUAUUUUUGUCAAGGACUCGGUAGGAGCGGUGAGCUUCCUCUCCGGCUCUGAAAAGAAGGAACAGAUGCCUCUGCAAUCUCCAAGGAUUGAGACCAGUGCAGGGGAUCAAUGCUCAAGACUAUUGGAACUUGUGAAAGAUAUUUCUAGUCACUUAGAUGUCACAGCACUUUGCCAUAAGAUUUUCCUACAUAUCCAUGAGCUCAUAGCAGCCGAUCGCUACUCCCUAUUCUUGGUCUGUGAGGACAGCUCUAAUGAGAAGUUUCUUGUAAGCAGGCUGUUUGAUGUGGCAGAAGGCUCCACCCUGGAAGAAGCUUCCAACAGCUGCAUUCGGCUGGAGUGGAACAAAGGCAUUGUGGGUCACGUAGCAGCUAUAGGCCAGCCUCUGAACAUCAAGAAUGCAUACGAGGAUCCAAGAUUCAAUGCAGAAGUUGACCAGAUUACAGGGUACAAGACUCAGAGUAUUCUUUGCAUGCCAAUAAAGAAUCACAGAGAAGAGGUUGUUGGUGUGGCUCAAGCAAUCAAUAAGAAAUCUGGAAUUGGUGGCACUUUCACUGAGCAAGAUGAAAAGGAUUUUGCUGCAUAUCUGGCAUUUUGUGGAAUUGUUCUUCACAACGCUCAGUUGUAUGAGACAUCUUUGCUUGAGAACAGGCGUAAUCAGGUGCUUCUUGAUCUUGCCAGCCUGAUUUUUGAAGAGCAGCAGUCUUUGGAAGUGAUUCUGAAGAAGAUAGCUGCCACUAUAAUAUCCUUCAUGCAAGUGCAGAGGUGUACCAUCUUCAUAGUGGAUGAAGAUUGUCCUGAUUCGUUUUCUAGUGUGUUUCACAUGGAAUCUGAGGAAUUAGAAGAUUCAGCUGAAACUAUGAAGAGGGACUACGAUACAAACAAAAUCAAUUAUAUGUAUGCUCAGUAUGUCAAGAAUACAAUGGAGCCUCUCAACAUCCCAGAUGUCUGCAAGGAUAGGAGAUUUCCCUGGACAAAUGACAAUGCAGAAAAUGAAAGUCAACACAUAAAGAGUUUGCUGUGUACGCCAAUAAAAAAUGGGAAAAAGAAUAAAGUGAUAGGGGUUUGCCAGCUUGUGAAUAAGAUGGAAGAAAACUCAGGCAAAAUCAAAGCUUUCAACAGAAAUGAUGAAGAAUUCCUGGAAGCAUUUGUCAUCUUUUGUGGCUUGGGCAUCCAGAAUACACAGAUGUAUGAAGCUGUAGAGAGAGCCAUGGCCAAACAGAUGGUGACAUUAGAGGUUCUCUCCUACCAUGCUUCUGCUGCUGAGGAGGAAACGAGGGAGCUGCAGGUAACAGUGGCUGCUGUAGUACCAUCUGCACAAUCUCUCAACCUAACUGACUUCAACUUCAGUGAUUUUGAGCUCUCAGAUUAUGAAACAACACUGUGUACAAUUAGAAUGUUCACAGACCUCAACCUGGUGCAAAAUUUCCAAAUGAAGCAUGAGGUUCUCUGCAGGUGGAUUUUAAGCGUAAAGAAAAAUUACCGGAAAAAUGUUGCUUAUCACAACUGGAGACAUGCCUUUAACACAGCACAGUGCAUGUUUGCUGCUUUAAAAUCUGGUAAAAUUCAGAGCAAACUGACUGACUUAGAAACACUGGCACUGCUGAUAGCAACUCUAAGCCAUGAUUUGGAUCACAGAGGAGUGAACAACUCUUACAUACAAAGAAGUGAACACCCACUGGCUCAGCUGUAUUGCCACUCAAUCAUGGAGCAUCACCAUUUUGAUCAAUGCCUUAUGAUCCUCAACAGUCCAGGAAAUCAGAUUCUCAGCAGCCUUUCCAUAGAAGAAUACAAGGCCACACUGAAGAUGAUAAAACAAGCCAUUCUUGCCACAGACCUAGCACUAUACAUAAAGAGGAGAGGAGAAUUUUUUGAACUUCUAAGGAAGAAGCAAUUUAAUUGGGAAGAUCCUACACAGAAGGAGCUUUUUUUAGCAAUGCUGAUGACCGCAUGUGAUUUAUCGGCCAUCACCAAACCAUGGCCAGUUCAGCAACGGAUUGCUGAGCUUGUAGCUACUGAGUUCUUUGAUCAAGGAGACAAAGAGCGGAAGGAACUCAACAUAGAACCAACAGACCUAAUGAACAGAGAGAAGAAAAAUAAAAUUCCCAGCAUGCAGGUUGGAUUCAUAGAUGCUGUUUGUUUGCAGCUGUAUGAGGCCCUAACACAUGUGUCAGAGGCCUGCUACCCCUUACUGGAUGGCUGUAGGAAAAAUAGACAAAAAUGGCAAUCCUUAGCUGAACAGCAAGAGAAGAAUCUGAUUAAUGGAGAAAGCAAUCAAGCCAAACGGAACUGAGAUGCUGGCUGAACAACCACAGGCAUAUGUUCACACAGAAGACAUAGUAAUAGGGGAGUACUGCAUCUUGCUAAACACUGUAUGAAUUUGGCUUAUGUUUUGCCACUUCUAUUAUUUUUCCACGUGCCAAGCUACAGCAUGCCCAUGUAUAUGACAAAGUUAUAUGCAGAUAUAUGUUUAUUACAUCCAGGUGAGAUGGAAAAAGAUCUGCAAGGGUAGUUUUUGCUACCCUGUUCCUCAAGAACGUACGAGUGCAGUUACUCAGCUAUCCCUGAGAGCCUAUUACUUUAUAGAUGUAUAUAGUUGUUAGUGAUCAUAUUGUGGCCAGUACCUUAAAGACUACUGCAUUUUGCACCUUUUUUAGUCCUCUUCCAAUUAUGCUGUUCUAAGUCAUGUGCAGUCCUGCCUGUUCUCUUCCCAGAGGUUCAGAGGAAGGAUUGAGACUAAUUCUGGGGAGCCUAAUCCAGCAUAUACUAUGCUGGGCUUUGAAGUGUGAAAGCCCCAGAAUCUGUGCACACAGUAGAGGUUUUUUCAUAUUAGAGGAAUGUCUUAGCAAAUGUCUUACAUUUGGAUGUAUUUUUAAAACCUUCAUAAAUUACAAGACAAUGAGGAUCUUAGGAUUUUUUUUGUAGAAGUGUUUAUCCAUAAAUAAUGGAAAGUGCUUGAAGGUUGACAUUACAACAUAACUGACAGACUGCCAUGGAAGAAUUGCUUACACUGAAGAAGCUGCAAAAAGCACACAGAGGAAUGGAAAAUAAACAGAAUCAUUUUCAUAUGCUGAUUUUAACUUCAUUUGGAAUUCUAACCAACAGACUGAAUCAUGGGAAGGAAAAGUAGAGAAUGUGACUGCAAGAGCAAGAGAUGAAAAUGACAGUGUCACUGACUGAUUCUGUAGGCCAGUGCUGUUACGAAAUGGCUACAACCACUUUGAAGGCAGUCCUAUAUUAACAUAUUUUAUUUUUUUUUAAAUCAUUAGUUAAUGUUAACAAUCAUUAAUCACAAUGUCUUAAAAGGAGUAGGAAACAAUAAUGCCACAGAGAUCUGCCAGUUGCACAUGAGGCAUUAACGUUCAGAACAGUAAGCAAGCCAUUAACUUGCACUAGUAAAAAAACCCAACACUGAUCUUUUAUUUAAAUGAAGAUGACUAAUAAAAAUGGUUGUGAAUUAGGAACCAGUUCAAGAAAAUAGACACCUAACACAAUCCCCAGAAGAGUAAUACAGAAACUAAGAGAUCAGGGUCAGCUAUCUAAGACAGGUCAGCAGUAGGUGUAACUUCAUCUGCCGACAGAGAAAAUGUCUUUCUUUUUUAUUUUUAAACAUCUAAUAAUAAUUUUCCAGUUAAAAUCAGUACGGGCAUUAGGCAAAAAUAAUACAUUUGGGGUCAUACUUUGAAAUGUGGGAGCUUGCUUCUGUUACAGUAAUGCAGAAAAUUCUAGUUGGAAAUGGCAAUAAAUUCUUCCUAGGGCAUUAUCAAUUCCUCCUUGUAAGAGGUUGAUCAGACUUACAGUGAAAACAACCUCUUUUAUCAGUCUCAGCAUUUAGAUAAAACAUACCAGAAGUUAACAAAUGAUGAAGCAAAUGUUUCAAAAUGUUCAGUGAUACUGAGUUUCAUAGUCCUUUAUUAAAAGUAGAAUAAGGCAUUCUGAUACUCUGCAGCAUUUCUGCCAAGUGAAAUUAUUUGUCACCAAGAUAGUCCUAUCUCAGACUCAUCUAAUGAUUAUCCAUAAUAUAUUAUUACAGUGGAAAUUGAAAGCGUUUUUCUACCAAGGUAUUUCUCCUGAUUCCCCCCACCCCCCAGAUUUAAAGGGAAAAAAAAAAGUAUACAAUUUAGCAACAAUGAUGAACUCCAGGGCUACUGUUACAUACUUGUAUUCAUAUGCAUACAGCGUAGACUAUAUGUAUGUAGUAUGUCACAGCUAUGCAGAAAAAUAACAGCCUGUCUCCAAAACACACACCUCCCAGAAAGUUUGUAGGUACUUUCAGAUAAACAGAAAAGUUAGCUUCAGGAUUUGUAUCAUCCUUGCAUUUUUUAUUCCUUGAACGCCUGAGAUACAGAAAUGUAAUUCUUAUACUAACUGAUGAGAUACAUAUUUAAUAUGAAUAAAGUAUAUGUAUAUAAAGGUGUAUUCUUGCUAGUAUGUUGCAACUAGUAAUUCGUGGUAACAACACAGCAAAUCAACUAUAGUGCUAUCACGGUGUAGUGAUGUGUCAUUUACAUGAAGAUCUCAGUAUUUCUUUGCUAUCCUGUGUGUUCAGCAAAGCUUUGGUAUGACAUGAAACUAUAACUACUGUGCAGAAAUGCUAGAUUCCUCCCUCUGACUUGAAAAAAAUGAACAUGUUGCAUUUUUCAAAGGUUCACACAGCUAUACAGUAUGUGAUUAUAUUCAUUACAUAUCUGUACACAUAUAUCCUGCAGAAUCUAUUCCACUACAAAGAUUAAAACAUACACAGAAAUACAGUUCCUAUCAUUUAAACACUGUCAUACACCUGUAUCUGUAUAUAUUGCUACAAACCUAAACCCUUGAAACUACUGUUUUAAGAACCUUAAAAGCACAGAUUGCUGUAAUUCAAGAAACUUAAGAGUAAUCACAUUAUUUAUAUAGUGCUUUACUCUGCCCAAGAGCAAAGUCAGAUUACACUGCUUUUGUGUCAUGGCUUUGUGUGUCCUGUUUGCAGAAAUUGCUCAUUUGUUUCUUAGUGUAGAUAGGUGAAAAUAUGAAAAAAGCCAAGCUGGUUUUUGCCUGAAAUUCAUUGCCUUCAGAAUUCAACAUUUUCAGACCCAGCAAGUGGAUAAUAGCCAUUAAUUUAAUCAUUAGUUGUGUGUUUAAUUAUUUCAGUUUGGGUCUCAUAUUCUCCCCGUUUUUUACUGUGUAACUAAAGCCAUCAAUGUGGAUUACACAAGAAACAAGUUGAAAUGGAGCUAAGCACUUUGUCAGUUCAGAAUUCAGUCCAUUAAAGCCACUGUGAAAAUUUAUAUUUAAGUCUAAAGGCACAGAAAUAAUCUCCUCCACUAAUUUAUAAUACCUGCCUUGGUGAAGACAUUUAAGUUAUUAUUCUACUUGUUCUGACAUGGACAUACUUUCUUUUAAAGUCACUCUACAGCACAGUUUAAUAUGUGAAGUACAUAUUCCUUCCUUUUUGAGUUCCCCUUCUGAAAACAGUAACUUGUCACACCUAUUGACAUGUCCAAAAAUCACUAUCAACCCUACCUCUUCUAAUAAAAACAGCAGUGAGGCUCUCCAUCUGUUCUUCCAAAAAGUCACACACCAAUAUUAGCUGUCGAAUGUCUAGGUUUUCUAUUCUCUCAUAUAAUAAAAGAAAGGAGGAGGAAAUAAUGUUGGGUUUGGAGAUUAUACUGAUUUUUAAAUAGUGGUUUAAAGUUAAAAGCAGAUUACUCUCAUAUCUUCACAGAAUACAAGUGGGCUAGUGAUAAAGGAAAAUAUUCUGUUGAUGACCAGAUGAUUUCUCUGUAGAAGAGCAGACAGAAUCUUGAUUUUAUGCCUCACCCUCUGACAAUUGUGUGCAUAUAAACUUUUGAACUCUAAUGUAUUUCAUCUGGCAGUGGCACGAACUGACAAAACCAGAGGACUUUCUAGGUACCAGGUAACUGAUUUUCCAAGCCCUUAUACAGAAAGAUUAGAAAGAGUCAGAUAGAGUCUUAAAACUGGAGGAUGUUGCCCAAGUGGUGUGAUCAGUACUCCUUGCAGCUACGCAUGACAAAACAGCAGAGCUUUGACAGAAAAAAAAUGCCUCAUUUAGAAGAAAUUAAUACAUUUUUAAAGGCUUUAUAGAGACCUAAUACUUUAGUCAAAUCUAUACAUUAGGAGUCUUGUCUCUGUGAUGCUGUAAUUUCUUUGUGUCACGUCACAUGCAGUUUACAUCCCACAAGGUUUCAACUUUAUUUCACAGUUCCCUGCUGUACUCCUUCAGGGUCUUGCACUAAUUUGAAAGAUAAGCCUUGAACAUUGGAGCAUGAAUUAAAAAAGUGAGUUUUGCCAGAGUAUGAUAAAUAUUGAGGGCUGGAUGUUUUGGUGUGGACUUUCACAGGAACAAGAAACAUCACCUGUGUGCCUGGCCUGGCAGUUAGUGACACUUGUUAAAUACAGCAAAUUGUGACAGUCAGACAUUUUAUCUUUGUCACUGCUAGAUGAAUGGAAAUUGCAUGGGAAAGUUUAUUUUCCACAUAAAGAAAUUUGUUUCCAUAGAGAAACUUGUAUCUAAGUACCACUGUUUGUAAAUGUAUAUUUAUGUGACAAAGCUAUAUAAUUGCUAGUUUCCACUAAUGUUCACAGCAUGAGCUUGUCACGCCAGGGCCUAAGGCAUGCUCAAAUGCCCAUCUGCAAGUCAAUUACAUGAUUCCCAUUUAUGUCAGUGGGAGUUGGAUUGAGCUGUACAGAAAGUGAAAUAAUGGGUCAAAUCUACCUUUUUUUUUUUUUUUUUUUUCUUUACACAUACAGAGGGACCAAACUCUUACCCUUGGUAACACCUGCCUCACCUGCUCUUUGCUGUAUUCAGCUACUGCUGAUGCCCAAGGUACCUUACAGAUGUAACUGAAGACAGAAUUUGAGCCCUCUUUGUAUUCACAUGGCAGACACUCGCAUGUGUCUCUUAAAGAAUGUAGUGUGAAAUGCAUUGUAAAUAGUUUUAAUAUACAUUUCUAUUAUAGUUUAAUAAAAACCUUAAUCACAGUCACUAGCCACUGAGUUUGUCCAGUUGUAUUCUUUUAUCUUUUCAAAAUCUUUGAACAAAUCUAUAAUUUCUGGGCAUACUAUUUUUUUACUAGGUUAAGGAGGUUACUCUGUAUAUUAUGUUUUGCCUUUAAGCAGUAUUAAAGUCUUCUGAAUGUUAUCUGUUCUGCCCUGUGACUACUUAAGCUAGUUGCAUUAGUGAAUAGAAUCAUUAGUCCUACUAAAGGUACAGCUGAUGGAGAAUAUAGAGUCAGGUUAAUUUUUAUGGUCAGACUGCUGCUUAUUACUUAUUUCUCAUUCUUCUCUUUGUACUCUUUCAUGAUUUUUAAAAUAAUAAAAGACAAUGUUGAAUUUUA